AUGGCUGGUGGUGACGCUAAGAAGGGUGCCAACCUCUUCAAGACCCGUUGCGCUCAGUGCCACACCGUCGAGGCCGACGGCGGCAACAAGAUCGGCCCUGCCCUUCACGGCCUUUGGGGCCGCAAGACCGGUUCCGUCGAGGGCUACUCCUACACCGACGCCAACAAGAAGAAGGGCAUCGAGUGGAACGAUCAGACUCUCUUCGAGUACCUCGAGAACCCCAAGAAGUACAUUCCCGGCACCAAGAUGGCGUUCGGUGGUCUCAAGAAGGAGAAGGACCGUAACGACCUCAUUGCCUACCUCAAGGAUGUCACCAAAUAG